AAAUGGACCAUAAACCAUCUACGACGUUUGGUACACAUAAAUGACGACGGCUUUAAGUCCGUCUCGAUUCAUCGUCGUGGAAAACCAAACCCAGAAAAAACCUAGAGUUCUAUGCCUCCAUGGAUUCAGGACAAGUGCUGAAAUCCUCAAGAAAUUGACUCUAAGAUGGCCUCAAACUGUGCUUAACAAGCUCGACCUUGUUUUCCUCGACGCUCCAUUUCCUGCCCGAGGAAAAUCUGAUGUUGAAGGCAUUUUUGAUCCUCCUUAUUACGAAUGGUACCAAUCCAAUCAGGAUUUUACUGAGUAUACAAAUUUUGAAGAAUGUCUUGAGUAUAUAGAAGAUUACAUGUUAAACCAUGGUCCUUUUGAUGGAUUUCUGGGAUUCUCACAGGGAGCCUUUUUAUCAGCCGCUUUUCCUGGGAUGCAAAAGGAGGGUGUGGCACUUAGGAAGGUACCAAAGAUAAAGUUUGUGAUAAUAAUAUCAGGAGGCAAAUUUGGAGGAUUCAAGUUUGGAAAGCCUACACUGGCUGCAAAUGCAUUUUCAUCUCCUAUUCACUGCCCAUCUCUACACUUGAUAGGGGAAACAGAUUUUUUGAAGGCAGAGGGAAUUGCAUUACUAGAAUCGUUUGUGGAGCCUGUUGUGAUUCAUCACCCUAGAGGCCACACUGUACCAAGACUUGAUGAAAAAGGAGUGGAAACCAUGCUCGCAUUCAUUGAAAAGAUUGAAAAAUUGCCAUCCCAAGCUGACUAAUUUGGCUUUUUCAAAUAGGAAGGCUGAUCCAUCUCAAAGUCCAAAGAUUCUUUGCUUAUGUUUUCCAUAAAAUAUGUUAUAUUUACCUGCCUGCCGUUAUCUUAGAAAUAAUUUUGUACAUUGCACAAAUUGCACAAAUUGAUUGGCUUGGCUUUCUCAUUGAAAAAUGAAAGUGUUGGAAAGUUUUGGGAAUUAGCACAAUACAACCAAAUAAAAAAUAAUAUAUAAUUUUCUUUGGAAAGUUCAGACUUA